UGCCCUCGCUGCUUCUGUUGCUGCCGCUUCUGCCGCUGGUGAGGUAAAGUGAGGUCUGGUCCCAUUUGCCCUACGACAGGGAGGCCACCCGGGCCCGGCCAGCCGAGUCAAUGCUGGACCUGGAGGUGGUACCUGAACGCUCUCUGGGGAACGAGCAAUGGGAAUUCACGCUGGGAAUGCCCCUGGCCCAGGCAGUGGCUAUUCUUCAGAAGCACUGUCGAAUCAUCAAAAAUGUCCAGGUUCUCUACAGUGAGCAGUCUCCUCUAAGCCAUGACCUCAUCCUUAACCUGACUCAGGACGGGAUCAAACUGCUGUUUGACGCUUUCAAUCAGAGACUUAAGGUGAUUGAAGUAUAUGACUUGACUAAAGUAAAGUUAAAAUAUUGUGGAGUGCACUUCAACUCUCAGGCCAUAGCUCCUACCAUUGAACAGAUUGACCAGUCUUUUGGCGCAACUCAUCCUGGAGUGUACAACUCUGCCGAGCAGCUAUUUCACCUCAACUUCAGAGGACUGUCUUUCUCCUUUCAGUUAGACUCAUGGACUGAAGCUCCCAAGUAUGAGCCCAAUUUUGCCCAUGGUCUAGCUUCUCUCCAGAUACCCCAUGGAGCAACUGUAAAACGAAUGUACAUCUAUAGCGGAAACAGCCUACAAGAUACCAAGGCUCCCAUGAUGCCACUGAGCUGUUUCAUGGGUAAUGUAUAUGCUGAGAGUGUAGAUGUUCUUCGUGAUGGAACUGGACCCUCAGGUUUACGACUUCGCCUACUUGCUGCAGGUUGCGGACCUGGCCUCUUAGCAGAUGCCAAGAUGCGGGUAUUUGAACGUUCUGUGUAUUUUGGUGAUUCCUGCCAAGAUGUUCUUAGCAUGCUUGGCUCUCCACAUAAGGUCUUCUAUAAAUCAGAAGACAAGAUGAAAAUUCAUUCUCCUUCCCCUCAUAAACAAGUUCCUUCCAAGUGCAAUGACUACUUUUUUAAUUACUUCACUCUUGGAGUGGACAUCCUUUUUGAUGCAAAUACACACAAAGUGAAGAAGUUUGUUCUACAUACCAAUUAUCCUGGGCAUUAUAAUUUUAACAUUUAUCACCGCUGUGAGUUCAAGAUCCCACUAACCAUAAAGAAAGAAAAUGAAGAUGGUCAGACAGAAACGUGUACAACUUAUAGCAAGUGGGACAAUAUCCAUGAGCUCUUGGGCCAUCCUGUGGAGAAGCCUGUUAUUCUGCACAGGUCCUCAUCCCCAAACAACACUAACCCAUUUGGCUCCACAUUCUGUUUUGGUCUUCAGCGGAUGAUCUUUGAGAUCAUGCAGAACAACCACAUUGCCUCUGUAACCCUGUAUGGCCCCCCCAGGCCUGGUGCCCAGCUGAGAACAGCAGAGCUCCCCUAGGGACAUCACCACCUGUGCUCCUCUGCCCAUGGAACUGUGGGUGACAUCCUGCUCAGUGGGUCUGUGUGCCACCCUGUGGGUUUGCUUGGACAUCUUGUCAGUAUUGAAGGGCUUUUGGAAUGUUCAGAGGUAGGCUCAGUCUGGGCGCUCUGCUGUGGGACAAGGGGCCCAGGUAUUCCUCUGUCGGUCCUAAGCCUGCUGCUGCCAGCAGGGAACACAGACUGCAAAGAGAAGCACAAACUUUGAGCCUUGAUACCUAGACCCAGGAGAUCUGGACUAACACAGAAGAAGGCAGGACAUGUCAACCCUUGUCCUACACACAUUGGGAAAACUUGGGGCCCUUUCUGUGGCUGAUACAGGAAUCCAGGAUAAGGACAGAGUCCUGCCUUUGGCUGCACAUUGCCAUGUGACCGUUGAGGCAAACAGGUAGUGUGUUCAUAGUACUCGGUUGCAACAUUUGCACUACAUCUACUUUAGUUACUUGAGCUGGCUAUGGUGAAAGUGGCCCACCUGCCCUUCCCUGUUCCUUUUGUGCGUGCUCCCUGCCAGGCCCAAGAGACACCCACCUGGUGAAGCACAGCUUUCUACCAUCCAAGUAUGUGCCCAGGCCUGGUUUCCACUGCUCUGGAGCCAGCUUUCAAGGUUGCCUUGCUGGUAGGGCUUUAUGUUUCCAUUCUGUUUGUAUCUUUAUUUAAUGCCAAAGUUUUAGCCAAAGACAUCUUUCUUUGUUGUAUUUUAUCAUUUUGUUCUGCACUGUGGGUCAGCUCCCUACCCUAGCCCUAGCCACUGUCCCCUGGCUAGACCUUUCAUGGCUCAUGGCCUCUGGGGGUUCAAGGAAUGCAGGGCUGCUUGAUCUCUUCAUAGGUUUUGCUAAUGGAAAGUAGCAUAAAUGUGCUUUAAAAUAUUAAUCCUUUUGAAAAGAAUUGAGAAGAGAAAUGUAUACUUUUAUCCCAUUUUUAAUAUUUUGGUCUAGCAAACUUGUGAUACAUAGAUGACAAUUUUGUGAGUUUUUCAAAUGUGUGUACAGAUUUUUGUAAAUAUGAUUCUUUUGUAAUUAACUCAUGUACAGCCUCAUUCUGUAUAGUUCAUGAUGAAUGUGCAGGGAACCUGCCCCACGUGCUUGCCUGUAUGGUUCUCAUGCCUACAGCCAGGCUUGUAUGGCACGCCCAUGACUUUGUGACUGAGUGUCUUCCCAUUCUGACCAGUCUGGCCAGAGACCCUGCAUAUCUCAUUGUCAGGGGUAGCCAGAACUGUUCCCAUCCUCUUGGAAUGGGGAGCCUUCCUCAUCUCUUGCCCACAUUCUCUUUCCAAUAAAGCACCUAUGCCCUCAGCAGCAGCCUGCCAUGUGCUGUUGCUGGGAUGUUUGUACUAA